AUGCCCGUACCAGACUCGACAAACGAUACUAGACUUCCGGUCACACUUUUAUCUGGAUUUUUGGGAAGUGGUAAAACUACUUUACUAUCGUAUAUCCUUAAAUCCAAAGAUCAUGGUCUGAGAUGUGCCAUUAUAGUGAAUGAUAUGGGUGCUUUGAAUAUCGAUGCAAGUCUUAUCAAGAAUCACAAACUGACUCAGAAAGAAGAGAAGAUCGUUCAGAUGCAGAAUGGAUGUAUUUGUUGUACUUUACGAGCUGAUUUAUUGGAAGAAGUUGCAAGUUUAGCUGAGAUGGGUUCUUUCGAUUACUUGAUCAUUGAAAGUUCAGGUAUUUCCGAGCCUAUCCAGGUGGCAGAAACGUUUACUCCUGAAUUCGCCGAAUCGAUAGAAGGAACAACGAUUCAAGAGAUCGAAGAAUCUUUACCAGAAGAUGAAAACACAACUCCGGAGUCUAAACGUCGAUUAGCGAAAUUGAUAGCACAGGGUGGUUUAACAAAGAUAGCAAGAUUGGAUACAUGUGUCUCAAUGGUCGAUUGUACUACGUUCAUGGAUGACUUUGAUACUACAGAUUUCUUGACAGACAGACAUGGUAAACAAGUGGAUCCUGAAGAUGAGAGGAACAUAACUGAUUUGUUAACGGAUCAAAUCGAAUUUGCGAAUGUCAUAUUGUUGAACAAGACUGAUAUGGUAAAUAAAGAUCAAUUAGCUAAAGUCGAGAAUCUGGUCAAAACUCUUAAUCCUACGGCCAAAGUCAUAGCAACGACGUAUUCUAAAGUUGAUCUCAAAGAAAUCCUCAAUACUCAUCUGUUUGACUUUGCCAAAGCGGCUACUGGAGCGGGCUGGCUACAAUCGUUGAGAGAAAAUACUUUGAUCGAAAUCACAGAUUCUAAAGGUGUCGCAAGGAUGGUACCUAAACCCGAAACCUUGGAAUACGGUAUAAGCUCUUUUGUAUAUACCGCUAGAAGACCGUUUCAUCCUCAUAGAUUGUGGGAUUUAAUUUCGGCUCCAUUCUGUAUCAUCCAAACUGCCGCUGAGGAAGAGGAUGAGCAUGACGACGAUGACGACGACGAUGAUGCAAAGGAAGAACAAGACGUAGAGAUGGACGAGGACAAGAUCAAAACUCAACAGCUGAUCGAAAUGCAAGCUGAGAAAGAAGCCUUGGAUUUACCUAGUAAAGUGACAUUCAAACGAGCUUCAGAAGUCUGGAAAGGUGUUUUGAGAUCAAAAGGUUGGAUUUGGUUGGCAACUAGACCAAACGUACAUGGUGAAUGGUCCCAAGCGGGUGUGAUGUGUACGAUUGAUGGCGGUGGACCUUGGAUGUGUCGUAUCCCAGAAAAUCAAUGGCCUAGUGAUGGUGAUCAAGAAACUGUUGAUGCUAUAAAACUAGAUUUUAUGGGCGAGUGGGGUGAUCGUCGACAGGAACUCGUUUUCAUUGGUCAAGAAUUAGAUCAAGAGUUGAUCACGAAGACGAUGAAUCAAGUUCUUCUGAGUGAUAAUGAAUGGGCCAAGUGGGAAAAGAUUAUGAAAUCUGGUCGAUUGUCCGAUGAUAAAAAAGCCGAAAAGUUAUUCAACCUCUUUGACGAUGGUUGGGAAGCUUGGCCUGAGCCUCUGGAUGAAGAGCAAGAAGAGGAGGAGGAAGGGGCAGGGGGAGAGGGAGGAGGAGAAGCUGGGCACGGGAGCAGGAACGCUCAUGCGGGGCAUCAUCAUUCAAAUGUACCCAAGAAGAAGGCUAAGAUAUCUGUCGAGUAG